AUGACCACCCCACCUCCCCGUGCAAGUAUAUGGCUCGGACUCGCGCAGCUCCUCCUGCCCAAGGAGUACAAACGCAUCGAAGAAAUCCGCAAACUGAGGCACGAACGGAAGAAGAAGACCCAGAAAGCGACAGAAGCCCAGACGACGACCGCCGCAGCCGCAACCAACAAUACACAUACUUCAGGCGGGGCUGUCGUGGCGAAUAUUAGCUAG